CGUCUUCCCAAAGUUCCCAUUCAUCUUAACUUUCACUUUGACUCUUUUCUCCGAACCUCGACGCGUAUACUACUCGAAACGCGCUUUUUUUGAGGACAUCAUUUUAUUAGAAUCGGAACAUGUUGGAAGCCAAGCUCGCCGAAGCCAGCGUACUAAAAAAGCUGCUUGAUGCUAUCAAAGAACUUGUUACAGAUGCCAACUUCGAAUGUUCAGAAGAAGGCAUAACACUUCAAGCAAUGGACAACUCACACGUCGCCCUUGUCGCGGUUAAACUGGUCCAGAACGGGUUCAAGAAGUAUCGCUGUGACAGACCAAUGCCGCUCGGCGUUAAUGUUGGAAGUUUGACAAAAGUACUGAAAUGUGCUAAAGACGACGAUGUCUGCACUCUAAGGGCAGCCGACGAAGCGGAUGUGUUGAAUUUGGUUUACGAAGCCAAAAACUCCGAUAGAAUAUCCUCGUAUGACCUGAAGCUUAUGGAUAUCGACGCCGAGACUUUAGGAAUUCCCAAGACCUCAUACGAAGCACGAAUAGUCUUAUCUUCCGCUGAAUUCACGCGUAUUGUACGCGACUUGUCGCUGCUAGGUGACUCAGUAAGAAUCGAGGUCAGUAAGGAAGGCGUGCGAUUUGCUAGCGACGGCGAGGCUGCCAAUGGCAACGUGUUACUAAAAGGUCAAGGGCCGAUAGGAAAGGUGGAGCGUGGUCCACAAGGGGACGACUCGGAUGAAGACGAAGACGGUGAAGGCGUGAAGAAGGAAAAGAAAAACGGCGGUGAAGAGGAAGAUGAAGAGGCAAAUGGUGAAGAGGAUGAAGAGGGGGAAAAGAAAAAGAAGACCAAAGUUAAGAAAGAGAAGACUGAUGACGGUGAUGUCGAGAUGGAUGAAGAUGACGAUGACGGUGAGGAGGAGAAGGAAGAUGAAGAAGAUGAGGAGGAGGAGGACGGAGACGGCAAGAAAAGAAAGAAAAAGUCUAAGUCUUCCCCAAAACCCGCCAAGAAAGCAAAAACCGCCGCGUCUUCCUCGAAAUCCAAGAAAGGAAAAUCCAAAGCUGACGACGGAGACGAAGACGAGAACGAGGCCGUCAUUAUCCAGAUGAACUCACAUGUCUCCCUCACGUUCUCGUUAAAAUAUCUUGUCAAUUUCAGCAAAAGCUCGAACCUCGUUAAACGGGUGGAGUUAUACAUGAGCAACGAUGUGCCACUCUUAGUUUCGUAUGACUUCGGGCAAGGCUACAUUAGGUAUUACCUUGCGCCCAAAAUCGGAGAUGAUUGAACAACAAAUUAUUUUACUGGUGAAUAAGGCUUGUUACUUUUUUAUAGUGAUUCUGUGAUUUAUAGUAGAUGAAAUCUACGUGUGUACAUAUUCUCAUGGCUUUGAAAGAAACCAAAAAAUGCCUUUCUGCUACAUACUGUGCAGCUUGUGUAAAAUGUGGGGUGAAAAUUUUUGUUUACAUACGGCCACUGGUCGUAAUUAUGCAUAGCGUC